AUGCCCUAUCGCAUCAACAAGGACGAUGACUCGAACUGGUUCAUGGAAGAGUACGAUUCUGAAUCACGCCGGGGCUCCUGGAAGACCACCAUCGAUGAGUUCAAAAGCUGGGCCAGAUCGUUACGCACGCGUCCCACCACCUCGUCCCAUUCCCAUACAGCCACAUACACGGCCAACGACCCGUGGAGCUCCAGCAAGGGGAGAUACUCUACCCAUCAGUCUGGUGAUUACACCACCAAUGAGGAGACAACCUCUUCCCAUACACAAGGGGAAACAAAGACAUCUGCUCGGGCACGAUUGCGCAAGAAGCCCAAGCCCGAGUCGGGCGCCUCCCGCAGCCACGACGAGGCUACAUCAGGCUCGCAGUGGCUCUUCUCCGAGUUAGCCGAGACUCUGUGCCCGAAAAAAGACAUCACAGGCAAAUCAGAAGCGACUAUCAGGAAGGAGACGUUCAGUCGUAGAGCGAAAAAGACGGUGUACUGGACGGGAGUGUGGGCGACUUUGCCGAUCUGGGGGUCUUUGGCCCUCGUUGGAGCGCUGCCGUAG